AUGAGGGCUGACACCCCAGUCUACUGCAUGGAGGCUAAAAGAUCAUCCACAGAGUACUCAGCAGCCCUGGCCUCCUUCAUCAAGCAGGAGCUGAGACAGCUGAGUGACACUGACGUGAGGAGUCAUGCCCAGCACCUCCAGAAUGAGCUCAACUGCAGUGUCAGGCUUCUCCGGGAGGCCAUGCUUGGCCACAAUGAGAACAGGGCUGAUGCCAAGAAGAUCCUUGACAUGGCCUGUGCUGUGCUGGCCGGAGAGCUCAAGAAGACUGAGGCCGACGACUCUCCGCAGGUGAGGCACAAGCUGUGCAACCUCCUCAUCCAGCCCACCGUUGAGGCUGUCAUUGAGAACUUUGCCUGGUGCGCGUACAACACGAUCCAGCUGAGGCUGAGGAAAGGGAACUACAGCCUCACGCUCAACAUGUCCAAGGUCAGGGCCCUUGCCUGGGCCAACCUAGAUCCUGCCUGCGCCUCUCCCUCGCUGAAGCAAGUCCUCGGCAACUUUCGUGAGCACAUCGAGGUCACAGACGAGGAGGUGGAGACUUGGCAGCGUCGGCUCGAGGACAUGCGAGCCCGUGUGCUCCAGUCAGCCAAGGUCCAUGCCAAAGGUCGGGUUAAAGAAGUACUCAACCUCUGGAAGACUGUGAGUAGCCGGUCUGGAAGGGGUCUUAAGCAGUUCUACCUCAACACUCUCAAGGUCAAGCUGCCCGCAGUUCUCCUUGCCCAGCGCAAGUGUGCUGAGGAGCAGCUAGUCUUGUGGUACAACGACACCCUCGCGAAUCUUGAACGUGGGACACUGUCCGUCUUUGCUCAGCUGCAAGCCGUUCUGGAGCCCCUGUGUAACGUCACCACCAUCAGCCCCGAGAAGCGCGCCUUCUUCGAGGAGCUCCUGGCUCCGAUUGAGGUCUUGAACCAGCGUCCAGAUGUCAAGGACCCGAGUCCCACCGCCGAGCAUGGUGUCCUCAAUACCGGCGAGCCCAACUCGCUGACGGACAUCCACACGCUACACCCGUGCCUCACCCCACUACCAACGGCCUGGGUCAAGCAGUACAACAACAUCACGAUCUCCCGCCCUGGAUCCGUCUACGUGAUGACCAACCCGAGCUUCCGCCACGACCUCUUCAAGAUCGGUCUGACAACUCGUCCGCUGGAGAAUCGCGCCAAGCAGCUCUACACCACCGGCGUCCCGCAGCCCUUCGACAUCAAGCACCACUGGGCCACCGACAACUGCCGCAUCUUCGAGAGCCUCAUGCACAAGCUCUUCGCGGAUGUGAGGGAGAACAAGAAGCGCGAGUUCUUCCAGGCCGACCUCGAGCUGAUCAUCGAGGUCGGCAACGCCCUCCACGGCAUCCUCCAACCCAGGGCUUGA